CGUGGAGCAGGGGGCGGCAAGCGCGGGGCCGGCGCGGGGGAGCAGGCGCGGCGCGCUUUCGCCUUCUGCGCGUCCUCCCGGGCUCCCUCGACCGCCUCCAAGUCCAACGCGGACUCGCUUUCUCCACCCUCGGACUCAUUUAGGGGAGGGGAGAUUUCCAGCUGCCCUUGAGGUGCUCCUGAUGUUUUUAUGGGUUCAUGCAGUUUCCGGAAAAGAAUGGUAACAUGAACAGUGGAGCGUGAGAGCGUCACCAGAGGAAGGGGAAGAGAUUGAUGGGCAGAACGCUGACUUGGAGCAGGAUCACGUUCUGAGGACCGUGCCAAGAGGGGACGUCGCAACGCCUCUACUUCCAGGUUGGACUCAGCUGACAUCUGUAGCCUCCCUUCCACCAGGUUCCCAGGUAGCGUGGCGCUGCUUGCUGGAGAGCAGUGUUUAGACAGCACGGGAGGAUCCGGGAGUUGGUGGACCUCUGUCCAAAGAGGAGUUCAACCCGGGAUCCUGAGUCUCUGGAUCCCCGUGGAGUCCUCAGACACGCUGGCUCCCGAAGGAGCUGGGCUUGAGUUCAGAUGGCCAACUCCCUCUGAAUCCUGCAGAUUGGUGCUGAGCACGCAACAAAAGUUUUUAGCUUCAGUUUCUGGUGCUUCCCAGGGCAAAGAAAAAGACUUUGGUAUUAAACAACAGGAAGCAGCCAGGGGACCUUCUCCUUUAACUUUUCUUCUGUGUUGUCAUUUGCAAUGAAGAGGAAACAGAAGAGAUUUCUGCAAAUGACUUUGUUGUUCAUGGUGGCUUUAAUUUUCCUGCCCAAUAUUGGUCUCUGGUCUCUGUACAAGGAUAAGCAUCUGGUGAAAUCUACAGAACCUGGGGAGCAGCAGACAUUUCCAGUGGGCCUAGGAGAUGGGCAAUUCUAUGCAUGGACAAAUGGUUUGAGAAGAAAGGACUGGCAUGACUAUGAAAGCAUUCAGAAAGAGGCUUUGCGCUCAGGGAAAGGUGAACAUGGGAAACCAUACCCCCUGACUGAAGAGGACCAUGAUGAUUCAGCUUACAGGGAGAAUGGAUUUAAUAUUUUUGUCAGCAACAAUAUUGCUCUAGAGAGGUCCUUGCCAGAUAUUCGCCAUGUCAACUGUAAGCACAAAAUGUAUCUGGAAAGGCUGCCAAACACCAGCAUCAUUAUCCCAUUUCAUAACGAAGGUUGGACUUCACUCCUACGGACCAUACACAGUAUAAUUAAUCGAACCCCAGAGAGUCUGAUAGCAGAAAUUAUUCUAGUAGAUGACUUCAGUGACAGAGAACAUUUGAAGGAUAAGUUAGAAGAAUACAUGUCCCGAUUUUCCAAAGUGAGGAUUCUUCGCACCAAGAAGAGGGAAGGGCUCAUCCGGACUCGGCUCUUGGGGGCCUCGAUGGCCAGAGGAGAAGUACUGACGUUCCUGGACUCCCACUGCGAGGUCAACGUGAACUGGCUGCCCCCACUGCUCAACCAAAUUGCACUAAACCACAAAACCAUCGUGUGCCCUAUGAUUGAUGUCAUUGACCACAAUCACUUUGGGUAUGAGGCACAAGCGGGGGACGCCAUGCGAGGAGCCUUCGACUGGGAAAUGUACUACAAAAGAAUCCCCAUCCCUCCAGAGCUCCAGAGGGCAGACCCCAGCGACCCCUUUGAGUCCCCUGUUAUGGCCGGAGGUCUCUUUGCUGUGGAUCGAAAAUGGUUUUGGGAGUUGGGUGGCUAUGAUCCAGGUUUAGAAAUCUGGGGUGGAGAACAGUAUGAAAUUUCUUUCAAGGUUUGGAUGUGUGGAGGAGAAAUGUUUGAUGUUCCAUGCUCUAGAGUUGGUCACAUCUACAGAAAAUAUGUCCCCUAUAAAGUUCCAUCUGGGACCAGCCUGGCAAGAAACCUGAAGCGGGUGGCGGAGACCUGGAUGGACGAAUUCGCCGAGUACAUUUACCAGCGGCGGCCUGAGUACAGACACCUCUCAACUGGUGACAUCUCGGCCCAGAAGGAGCUGCGCAAGCAACUCAAAUGCAAGGACUUCAAGUGGUUCAUGGCUGCGGUGGCCUGGGACGUGCCCAAGUUCUAUCCCCCAGUGGAGCCCCCACCUGCCGCCUGGGGGGAGAUUCGAAAUGUGGCAGCCAAUUUGUGUGUAGACAGCAAACAUGGAGCCACUGGAACAGAGCUGAGGUUAGACAUCUGUGUCAAGGAUGGUUCUGAAAGAACAUGGUCUCACGAGCAGCUCUUCACAUUUGGAUGGAGAGAAGAUAUUCGACCUGGUGAGCCACUGCAUACCCGGAAAUUCUGCUUCGAUGCAAUCUCAAACAGCAGCCCAGUCACGCUGUAUGACUGCCAUGGCAUGAAGGGGAACCAGUUCUGGGGAUACCGAAAGGACAGAACAUUAUUUCAUCCUGUGAGCAACAGCUGCAUGGAUUGCAAUCCCGCAGAGAAGAAAAUUUUCAUGGCCAGAUGUGACCCUCUCUCUGAGACUCAGCAGUGGAUGUUUGAGCAUAUUAAUAUGACUGUUUUAGAUAAAUUUAACCACCAUGCCAGCUCCUAGGAAGAAAGAAAGAGCAAUUACCUACAGAAUGCAAACUAAGUUUCGGCCGGCAUCUGGGUCAAAGGAGUCAGGAAUACCAUUUCCUAGAUCCAGGAAGCCUGGUUUAAAGAUGUGUGGAGGCCAUGUUUAAGUAGGUUGUCCUGAAGAACUUCCUGCAUCUGAAGAACUUGGCUGAGAAUCUCACCAGCUGCUUCUGAGAACUUGAGACUAGCAGUUCCCUUGCUGGUCAAGGGCAAAGAUUCUUUAGGGACUUUUCAAAACAACUGCUGAGUUAAUAAAUCCUAGCAUUUCUCAGGUCAAA